AUCAGGGUGAACAUUUGAGUGCUUCUGUGAGCCGUGGAGAUGAAGCUGCAGUGGUCUGUGGUGGGUUCGGUCUUCUUCUUCCUGCUCUCUGUUGUCAUGACGUUUGGCUUUAUUUGGCAGUACCGGAUGCCCAAGCUCAGACCAGAGGUGGUGCUGAAAAAGCUGGAGCCCAUAGAGAUGUGUCCCCGUUCCCCAGAGCCGGUGCCCUUGACUCACCCCAUCACCUCCCUGAGAGUGGCCCUGGAGAAGAUGGACGUGCUCCUGCGCUCUCAUGUCAGCACCAGGCUCCCCUCCAUCUCCGCCGUGGUGCUCCUGAAUGACUCAGUGCUAUGGAACGCUCACUUCGGCAAACAGAACAUCAGUGACCCCUCCUCCCCAGCCCCCAACGAGAACACUGUGUACAGAAUAGCCAGCGUGUCGAAGGUCUUCCCCACCCUCAUGCUGUAUAAGAUGUGGGAGGAGGGGUCCCUGAGCUCCCUGGAUGACCCCCUGGACAAGUACCUGCCGGACUUCAGCGUUAAGAACCCCCUCGGCAGCAACCAGGCCCCAGGCAGUCUGCCUGCCCUCAGCCUGCGCAGGAUGGCCAGCCAGCUCUCUGGUUUACCACGCAGAUUACGCUCCACUAAUUUGCUGUGGGCAGGGGACACACAGGAGGCUCUGAGGUUGCUGCAGGACGACGUGCUCGUGGCAGACCCUGGAACCAGGUGUCACUACAGUAACGUGGCCUUCUCUCUACUGGCCAGGGUGCUGGCUGAGCAGGUGGCAGGGCAGGACUUUGAGAGCUGGGUGUCUGAGAACAUCCUGCAGAGGCUCAAAAUGGAGGACACCAGCUUCCAGUGGCAGCCAUCGUCAGGGCGACCACUGGCAGUGGGCGUGUACAGCAGCGGUCAACCCGCCCCCCUGUAUGACCUGGGCUGGUACCGGCCAGCGGGGCAGAUGUACUCCACCACCGCAGACAUGGCCAAGCUGACCAUGGCGCUGCUGGGGGUCCCUGGUGUCUCACUGCUGCACCAGGACACCCUAACCACCAUGCUCACCCCGCUGCUCCGCUGCCACACCGGUUACUUCGCCAACGCCACGGGCACCCCCUGGGAGGUCAACCGACAGAUGGGCUACGACGUGGUACAGAAGGAUGGGGACCUGGACGGAUAUGCAGCCACCCUGUCCCUGGUGCCACAGCUGAAGCUGGGCAUAGUGCUGCUGAUGGCGGGUGUGAGGCCCGCCGAGGAGGACCUGGUGAGGCAGGCCUACUCCUACCUCAUCCCAGCUCUGGAGGAGGCCUUCAGGGAGGCCCCGCGCACACUCCGGGCACCCCCAGACCCACUCCCGUAUUUGGGCUUCUACACCUACAGGAACAUAACCUUUUAUGAGAUCAAAGCAGACCCAGCCGGGGUGCUGGUCAUGCAGCAGUUUGGUCCACAGUUGAACUCCUCGGUCCCGGCAAAGUACCGGACCCUCCGGCUGGACUACCUGCAGGGUCGAGUGUUCAGGGUGGUCUUCGACAGUCCGUACCCCUGUAAGCUCAAGCUGCACGCUGCCUCUGUGUCUCUGGAGGCGCAGGACCGCCAGCUCUUUAACUUCUAUAUGUUCAAUAAGAAGGGCCUGUCCCCAGGCUUUGACUCCCCAGGACUUAACACCUACCGCGUGUUGCGCAUCUAUGGACGACCCUUCUUCACCUCAUGA